GCAGAAUGGUGGUGGCAACUCUCUCUAAAUUUUUGAAUUUUAGCGCCAUCUAUGUCCCGAACAUCGUACUACAUUCUGUAUUUUUACCGGGUUUUUGACGUUAGAAAUUAUGAGCACCAAUCGUAGCUCUAUUCUGAAACAUGGCCGCAUGGCUAACUGACAGCGGCCCGUCUGAUAUUACUGAACAAAACAACUUGUGUACGUUUUUAGUAGAAAAAAGUAACUCAAACAUAAGAGCAGACUUAAAUUUAGAAGCAUUCGAUAAGGAGUUUAAGAGGUUACAACCUUGUGGAUUCGAGAAAAGUGCGUUUGUUUCUGCCGUGACGUCGGAAAGUGUAUACAAUCAUAAUAGUGAAGUUUCAGAAGGAAAAACUCAUUUGGAAACGCAUGAUGAUUCGUCGGGAAUGUCGUCGAUCAAAAUCGAUUCUCAGAAGCAUCAAAUGGACAAAAACAAAAGGAAGACGGAGGACAACAACGCCCGUUACAGAUGCGAAUACGACGGCUGCGAACGCACUUACAGCACGGUGGGCAAUCUGCGGACACACAUGAAAACUCACAAAGGUGAAUACAGGUUCAAAUGUCCAAUGCAGUCCUGCGAGAAGGCCUUUCUAACAUCAUACAGUCUAAAGAUACACGUCAGAGCGCACACGAAAACAAAACCCUUCAUUUGCGACAACAGCUCCUGUGGGAAGGCUUUUAACACUUUAUACAGGUUAAGGGCGCACCAGAGGCUACACAGCGGCGACACGUUCAACUGCAAAUCGGAUGGAUGCGCGAAAUACUUCACGACCCUGAGCGAUCUCAAGAAACACAUUCGGACCCACACAAAAGAACGACCCUAUAAAUGUCGCAUGGACGGUUGCGACAAGUCGUUCAUAGCGUCUCACCAUCUAAAAGCCCACGGUCGGACCCACGCGCCUCCGCGGCACUUCGCGACCUUCGCCAGCGUCAGACCACACGUCGGCAAGCAACAGGCGGAAGCGGAAGUCGGAAACACGGAAGUAGCGAAACCUCUGAAUCCGGAACCGGCCAAAACCGAUAUUAUGUAUUGGGACGGCCUGUUAGAGUCGUUCGGCAGGAUCACGACAGAAUCUAAUUCGACCGACGGGAGCCUGGAGGACGUGACAGUGGUCAACAACGAAUAUAUAACCGAAUGGCUGUUCGAAGGCUGCGCACCCAAAGACGCAUCAGCCUACGACAUUAACAGUAUUGCGCUGUCGCCCUUUGACGUCAACAAAACCGAUAAAAAAUACGAAAACACUUGGGUCGACGUUAACGGGAUCCAACCCACCGUCCCGGUCGACAACGGUAACAAACUCGAAGUCAGGUCCAAGGCAAUCCAGCUCGCCCUGGCCAACGAGGUAGAGCUCCAAGCGCCCUGGGUGGACGUGAGCGCUUUGGCCGCUUCCAUAUCCGAGACCCCGGUCACUAUUAAAGAGAAAUCCCCCGAAAGCAUAUUCACGCUGGCCACGUCCGUCCCCACCCACAUGCAGAGCUACAUCGACCUGAGCGCCGAGGGGCCCACCGCCCACGUCAUGACACACGCGGCGCUGGCCCUGGACACGCCCAGCGUGCGCGACGUGGCCGACGGGGUGUUCAACGACAGCGAGAUCGUCACCAACCUAGAGCCCGGCAAGAUCGACGCCGACCUGGACUUGUUCUUCAAGUCGGACGACGACCGCUCCCUCAACACCCCCUCGCCCUCCAAGGUGCAGCAGAACAUCGAAAUAAACCCCGCCAACUCCGUGCUCUUCAACACCGACUUGGAUCUAGAGGACACUCUGUUGUUCGACAACGAGCCGCCCUCGGACAUGUACGUGGUCCGAACGGAGAACAUAUUCGGUAAAGAGAUAGCGAAGAGGAACGCUCUGGAGCAGGUGGCCGCCGACUGCGGGAUCUGCAGCUGCGAGGGCUGCACGUGCAACUCGGAGGGCGAGUGCAGGGACAGCAGCACGGUGGACACGUGCACGUGCGUGAACUGCGCGUGCGACCACUCGGCCAUGACGUGCGCGGCGGGCUGCGGCAGCGCCACCGCCACCGACCGCAACACGUUCCUGCACUACCACGAGAGGCACAACAGCACCACCAAACUGGAAGACCUCGGCAUAUUCACGCUGCGCGAGUGCGACGACACCGCAACGUCGGCGCUGAACAAGAUCAAGUGCUCCUGCGACGGCUCUACCAAGUGCAGCAUCCUGAACGCCGGCAAGGACCCUUGCUGCGGGGGCGCCAAGUCGUGCUGCGUCACCAUAUGCAUCGACAAACUAGAUGCAUUCAAGAAGUUCCUAACGGACAACAGCAUGUUGGACGCGAUGAAGGUCCGCAGCGUGGACGACGACCUCAAAGCAUUGUUCACUGCAUUUAACCAGUUUGUUUCUUGCGGCGAUAAGGUUUGAUUACGUGUCGAGCGCGGAGUCAGACUCGGCCCGCUGUGGGCAAAGCCCACAUUAAGCCAUGUCCACACUAAAGUGUGAUGAAAUUCAUUGAUGCCUUUUAUUCACGAAAAAAUAAAUUUAAGUUCUAAUUUUUCAAAAUCAAACUAAUGAGGUAUUAGGGUUUGAAAACGUUGACAAUUAUAAUACGAUUUAACAACAGCAUUGCUUAUGAAAUAUCAAGCCAGGUACAGACAGGACCGACAUAUUUCGGAUGUUCUUAAAUGUUAACCGUCAUCAAAGCUCCGUCGUUAGUGUGGUAUAACACACAUUUCGGUGCACAAAUAUGAGUAUUAUUUAGAGAUGGAGAUUUUUUAUUUGUGCGAGAUAUUUUUUAAUUGAUAUUAGCGUGAUAGUCGCGUUAAAAAGCGAUAAAUGUACACUAGUAAUGUUCUCUCUGUCGAUAUCAGAUCAUUUUAUUUAAGAAAAGCGUUUCACUCCUUUUUACGUACCCCGAUGCGUACGAACAUGAUUAUUAUGCACGCACAUAUUGCGGUGCUCAUUUCAAUUAAUAUAGAUACUUAAAUAAUAUAAAAAAAAUAACAUUAAUAUAUAAUACAAUAAAACAGGGUCCUCAAUUUCCCAUGUUAACGUAUUAAUAAAAUGUUGAUAAUAUUCACACUUGACACUUUUGAAUCUGGUGACGCAGGUGAGCGUCACCUUAAACGUGAGCUGAUGAGCUGAAAGGGAGCAAAUGAACUCUGCGGAGAAUGAGCGGAUACGAAAGGGUAGGUAGGAAAACGGGACUUACUUGGAGGCUGAUGCUGGCACUAUCACGGUCGUAGUGGUGUUUCUCUGCGAUGGGUGGCACAUACACCUUUUCACCGGUUCACACUCAACCUUUUACUGCGUAUAUACGAAAGGCGCGCGCGCACAAUUUACUCAAUAUCGAACGAGCGUAUAUCCGCGUGCCGUCAUAUACCGCACUGUUAUGAGAGGUGCGGGGUGCGUACGGGCGACGGCACCUGAGUUGAGCCGAACAUUUAUGAACGUCGCGCUGUCGCCCGAACAGAAUCCAAUUUUUUUUUUCUUUUUUUUGAUCAUCUUUAAGAAUAGAUUGAACCGUUUCAUCAUUUCUACGUCUUUGCUUAAUAAUUUUUUAGAAUGAUAAUAUACUGCUACACCAAUCACCAGUAUCGUUAUCCAAAACACUAGUAUUAUUAUACCAAUUAAUAAUAUUUUAUACCAAUCACUAGUAUUACUAUACCGAUCACUAAUAUUGCUAUACCAAUCACUAGUAUUUCUAUACCAAUCACUAGUAUUACUAUACCAAUCACUAGUAUUGCUAUACCAAUAACUAGUAUUAUACAAAUCACUAGUCUAAAUCGAACGAGAAGGGAUGUAGCUAGAGCUUCCGCGAGCUAGGUAACAAAAACGAUUUGAAGGCUUUAUUCCCAAUGGCGCGCAGCCACGGCAACUGUGGAGUGUGACAAACCUCGGAGUGUACAUUUUUGAUGUAAGUGCGAAAUUCUCUGCUUUUAUACUCAUCGAAUAGAAAUUAGGAAGCUUAAUUUACAAAAGUUGAAGCUAAAAGCAAUAUAUUAACUUUCAGCAUUUCCAAUGUGGAUGGUAUUUUUUUUUUCUAAAUUUCAAAGAUAUAUGUUAAACAUGUUUGUUAAAUGAAUUAUUUUAUUGUAUUAUUGUAAAGAGAUUACUCUUCAAUUUAUAAUUUCAAAAAUGCUUUUAUGUGUUUUUAGACUAGAUCUAUUUUAAGGGUUUUUUAUGUCACUAUUUUGAUAGAUGAUAAUGGUUCAGAUACGAUUUGUUCAAUAAUGCUGCAAUAGUGAAAAUUUAUAGCAGAAAAAUCUGUUUAAAAUAUGUGAAGUUUUAAAAAUAAUAUAUUAUUAGCAAUGUAUUUUUCCGUGGGAAUAAAUGUGUCUAGUUAAUCUUGCCAUGUCUUGUAAAAUGAAUCCAAAAACUUGCCAUAUUUAAAAAGUGCCUUAAAUGUAUUUAAGAAGGAAUUUAUAUUUAAAUUUACAUUGAACUGAAGUAUUUUAUAUGUAUUUUUAGAUGUAUCGUCUAUUUAAAGUUACCAUAAGUGGAAUUUAUACCAAAUGUGCCAUAUUGUAAGUGUUUUUUUUACGAAUAUUUAUUCAUGUAAAAUUAUAUACGCAUAGUUUUGAUAUUCGACAUAAGACGGAUUAUGCAAUAGGGAGAAUAGUAUACAUUUUUACUGAAUUCAGUUAUACUCGUAGUACAAGACGUGAAACUUUAGACAGUCAAAGCUGCGUAUUAAAAAGUAGCUUUAGUAAAGUUAUGAAAGCUGAACAUACAGUCAACAACGUGGGAUAAUAGACGGCCCGGUUCGCGUUCGAAAGACACUGCGACCCCGGCAUCCCCUCUACCCCUAUCCUCAGUCUAUUCAUCUUGUCCCGGACUCCUCUCUCAUUCAUACUUGAGCUGAGCGGUAGUGGGGCGACGUAGGGGGAGGGGAGGAGGUCGCGGUCGCGCUGACACGAAAGUUGAAUGGCUUUACUCAAAAACUGCCUGACGGAUUUUAAUUUAAGGCUUCGUCAAACAGAACGCGUAAUUAACGCGCGUCAGAGCGCUAAACUGACGGUGCGCUAUGAUGCCGAGAUUUGUUGUACUACUGUGGUAACAUACCGUCAAACAGAGCCCCAACGCUGUAAGUACGCAACGCUCUGUCGCGGCGUUAGGACGCUUUGACGUCAGGCGUUGUAGUUUUUUACAAAUUUUAUUGUAGCGUCCGAGUGAAUGUGUAUUAAAAUACUAGAUAAUGCCCGAAAAAUUUAUAGAAAUUGUUAGAAAAUACCCAUGCUUAUACAAUGCCACAUCUGAAUCACUCGACAUCAUCUUAAUACUUUUAAAUUUUCACACUGCUAUCGAAAGGUACUAUGAUUUGGCGAAUGCGUUGCGUCAAGGAGCGUUGGAUUCAUCUAGUCAAUUUGUGUGACAUGAAAAGAGCGCGGCGUUAAAACGCAGCGCUAAGUACGCGUUCUGUUUGACGAAGGCUUUAAAUUGACGCACAGCUAAUCAGGAUAUCAUAUAGGCCGUAAUACAGCCGCAACAACGUACGUGGCGUGCGGGUAGUUUUGAGUAGUUUUUCAAAUAAGCCGGGAUUUUAAAAUGCAAUUUGGACUUGAAAAAAUCGUCCCAGAUUUGUUACACGGGCAUACACCGCCAUGAACAUUUAAUUGAAGAACGUUAUCGUUAUGCUUUUUUUUAUUGCUUAGAUGGGUGGACGAGCUCACAGCCCACCUGGUGUUAAGUGGUUACUGGAGCCCAUAGACAUCCACAACGUAAAUGCGCCACCCACCUUGAGAUAUAAGUUCUAAGGUCUCAAGUAUAGUUACAACGGCUGCUCCACCCUUCAAACCGAAACGCAUUACUGCUUUACGGCAGAAAUAGGCAGGGCGGUGGUACCCACCCGCACGGACUCGCAAGAGGUCCUACCUCGCCCCGAGGAACAGCGCCCCUAGCGGCAAAUCGAGGGAAGCUACUAGCACUAAGCACACUGAUGAAAGAAGUUGAACAAUUCGUACAAUAUCAAUGUGUCAGAGUAACGUGGACUUGUGCGAACUAAUGUCUUUUCGCACCUGCCAACAUGAAAAAUGCCCAACAAUAGAUCAAAAAGCAGCCAUUCGGAAACUGAUUUAUGAAGUACACGUGUCUAAUUCUCAACAAAAUGUUCCAAUAGUAAAACACAUCACAUUGGUUAUUACUAUAAAAACAUUUCUAAUUCAAGCUUAUUAAUUUCGGGUAUCUUAUAUAAAUUAUGUUCAAAGAACACCCAUGAAGGUAUUAUUGUCGAGUCUAUUUUAAAUUUCGUAAAUUUGCCAAUUAAAUAUAAUUGUAAUGUGUAAUGAACUAAUCAUUUCAAUACUUAGCUUUUAACUUAUUUUUGUUAAUCACAAAUGCAGUUCUUAUAAAUAUACCGUAAACAAGUUAAUAGUGCAAUAGUUUUUAUCCUUUUUUUUUAAUAUUCUUCAUAAUCUAUCAGUACUAUUAGUACUUAAUGUUUUUAAGUUUUAUGUAAAAAAUAAUUAUUGAAACUGGUGCUAUUUAUAAUAGAUACAUGCAUGUUCAGUGAAAAUGAGUGCCUUAUUGUUUAUUUGUACUUAAAUUGUGCUUGAAUAAUGCGAAACUGUUUAGUGCUGAGUGUACGGUCGCUUGCCGGUGUAUAUUUUGUAUACAUUCGAAUUUUAUGUAUUGAAUAACGCUGUAAAAAUGUCUAGUCGUUAUAACAAAUGUAAUAAAUAAUAAACGCUUAGUAAUA